UGGUCAAAGCAAACAGAGCAGACAGGUAGAGGAUGUUGUGUGUGUUGGUUCCUCUCGUACUAUUUGCCCUGACUGAGACGUCCACCUCACAGUCAGAUUUAGGCAUUGUCCCCGAGUACAGGUUGUCUGAUGUUGUGUGGGGCCCCAGCAACGAAGUGGCGAAUGCGAUUGUCGAUUCAUCUUUAUUCAUCAAGGAACUGCAGUCUCGUAACCUGACGGAGAGCAGCUACAACAGAUUCAUCGAGCAUGACGUGCGUUAUCGACGUGGAAUCAGCCACAUACUGGAGGCCCGGAUUAAUAAUCUCCAGGAAGCAGAUGACGUGAGGUCACUACUGCAGGACACACUUAAACACUACAAAAGCAGAAACCAGACCUCCCUUGCCUCACUUACCCCACCAUGGCUCAACUACACACUCAGGUGUUUUGAAUCUGUGGUUAAGGAGGAGCCAGUCUAUUGGCUGGUGGCUCUGUCAGCUCGGGCCUCUCUCCUUAACCUGCUGGUGGAGGGCAGGUGCCGUACAGAUCAGGUCCAACAGUCCAGCACCUUCUACAAGCAGUGGUGUGACGACAAUAUGGUGGAGUCCCAAUGGAUACAAAGGUACAAUACAACUUUAGUGGAACACAUGGCUCAGAUAAAUCCCUUUACAGCCAUCAACAUCUUCAGAGAGCAGAUGAUGAACCAGAAAAGCUUCUACAAGGCUUUAGACUCUGAUAAAUGAUGACAAGGUAAAGCACUUUUCUC